AAAAACUGAUCAAUAAAUUUUUUAGAUCAAUUAGUUAUUCAACUACCAACUAAUUUUCAUGUUUUUUUUAUAAGGUAAAGAAAAAAAGAAUUAUUUAUCUCUUUUGAAUGACAAUUAUGUUUCAGCUGAGGUAACAAUUAUGGUCUAUCAAGUGCCUCUGUUUUCGGUGUUCGUUUAGCUGCUGUGUAAACCAAACGCGGUGGUUACUGGAAACUGCGGCGGUAGUGGCACGAAAAUGUACAAUCUCAUCAUGUUCCAGUUUCGUUUUCACCGGCGAAGAGCCCUUCUUCUUCAACUGAAACCCUUCUUCCCCUACCCAUUAUCAAUACCUCACAACUUCUCAACCACUUGUGAUUCUUCCGAUAAACAAUCCUUCACCCUUUCAUAUCUCACGAACACUUGUGGCUUUUAUCCCCAAGCUGCUCUCAAAGCAGCCAAGCGAGUUCGUUUCAACGACACAAACAAGCCCGACUCGGUUAUCGCCUUCUUCACAAACCACGGUUUCUCCAUCUCCCAGACACAGAACAUCAUCGGCAAGGUACCAGAGCUUCUUACAUGCAACCCCACCAAAAGGGUUUUGCCCAAGUUUCAAUUUUUAGCCUCCAAAGGUUUUGACAUAGUUACCACUGUGACUAGGGCCCCAUAUUUCCUGCUUAAAAGCCUUGAGAAUCACAUUAUACCUGCAUUUGAAUUUGUCAGGAGAUUCUCUCCAUCUGAUGAAAAAGCAUUAGCUUGUGCACUUUUUGGUUCCACUUCCUAUACUAUUGCUCUCAUGAAAUCAAAAGUACAAUUGUUGCUUGAUAUGGGAGUGCCACCCUCAAACAUAUACAUUUUGCUUAGAACUAGGCCCUCUAUGCUCGGAUGUGCUAACAUGAAGGAGGCCGUGGAGGAAGUCAAGGGAUUGGGAUUUCAUCCCUCCAAAACGCAUUUUGUUGCAGCAUUACAGGCCAAAAGUUCUAUACCCAAAUCACUUUGGGAUGCCAAACUCGAUGCCUUUAAGACAUGGGGCUGGUCUGAAGAUGUUGUUCUGGAUGCAUUUAGGAGGGAUCCCCACAUUAUGCUAAACUCAAUCAAAAAAGUUAAUGCAGUGAUGAAUUUUUGGGUCGGCCGUCUUGGUUGGGACCCUUCAGUGCUUCUAGCAGCGCCAUGCCUUUUUGGAUAUAGUUUGGAGAAAAGGCUUAUGCCAAGGGCUUUAGUUGUCCAGUAUCUUCUCUCCAGAGGUUUGAUGAAGAAGAAUGCUAGCUUAAGUUCACCAUUUAUGUAUACAGAUAAGUUGUUCCUGCAAAAAUUUGUGGAAUGUUUUGAGGAGGAGGAAACAUCUAAGCUACUAAGUCUAUAUCGUGGAGGAUGCUAGCAUCUGGUACUUUGUUAACUCAUGAAUACUGAUUUCUGUGUAAGCCAGCAUAGCAUUGAUACUAGAAUACUGGAAAUGUCAGGGGAGAAAUCAUCUUCAAUUUUCAUUUUGGAUUUUGAUUGUACAACAGUCAGUUUUCAUCAAUAUCUUAGCUGUUAUAUGAGUUUGUGAUUAUAGGACUAAGUCCUGGAUCUUGCCUUCCCUUGCUACUGAUUUGUGGAUAUUUGUGACUAUUGCAUGAAAUGAUUCUGUAGAAUUGACCAUGUCAAUUUGGUAUAAAUUUCUUUCAUUUUUAUGUCUCUGUAAUCUGGUUCAUAUUUUUCAAUGCUCCAAUCAUAGUAAUUUUUGAAAUGACCAUUAAUCUGAUUGUCCGAAGUAAUUAAUAUGAUACUUGUUGAAAUGACCAUUAAUCUGAUUGUCUGCAGAAGAUUUCCUCAUAAAGAAAGUUGUGUAUAAUGUUUAUUGACUAUAUAUGAUUUGGUAACUCAGUUUCAAAUGUUUAUAAAUUCAUGGUAAAUGUUUAUAAAUUCAUGGCACUAGCUGUAGUUUCA